UAUUUUGGGUCGAGACCCUUCUUCAGACUGACUCAGACUGACUCAGACUAGAGAUAUGGUAAGAUGUGAAAAUGACAUAUUAAAGCUGACGAUGAUCAAGGAAAUGUAGAAUGGGUCAUUGUUAGCUGAGGGGAAGGUGACAAGGAGGCAGACAAUCAGUAAAAUUAAUCAGGAGAACAGUGAACGACUUGGAGAACUAGGAUGGGGGAAGGACAGAGAGAGAGGGAAAGCAGGGGUUUCUUGAAGUUAGAGAAAUCAAUAUUCAUACUGCUGGUGUAGGGGCACCAAACGUGGUCAGGAAAAGGCCAGACGAUCUGUUUGAAUUUGUCACAAACAAAACUGCAUUUUGCAAAAUCGAUUAUAGAUUGAUGUCCAAUAUUGGACUGAUUCAAAAUCAGACAUCAGAAAAUGGGACAUUUCUGGAAGUCUGGCUGGUCCUGGUUUACCGGGUUUUGCCUGUUCACUUUGCUCUAAUUCAAAGUUGGUCGUGUGUCGUGAGUUGACCUGACCUGACACCAAAUGUUUGACCUUACUUCGGAAACAGAAAGCAGAAAGAAUAUUUGACAAGCACAAAAAAAAGAGUCUGUUUCCAAACUUUAGAAUGACACUGUCCAAUUUCAACUUAAUGUGAACUGGAGCAUGCUCUCAAUCGCAAAGCUGCUAAACUUUGGACGUCAGAGCAAAAUGCUACCUUGCUCCAUUUUUAUAGUCGCCGUUAAAAUUGAUGAAAAAUAAGACAAACAUUUUUAUAAAUGCAAUGACUGCCGUGACUAUUGUGAAACAAGACAGAGUGUUAUGUGAAACACCUUUAAUGCUGAGAAUGCAAAACAUUAGUUUUAUUUCUGUUUUUAUUCUUAGAUAGUGAUGCAGAAGGAUCCUUAAUGAAGGAUAAGAACUUGAGCCUAGAUAAGAGGUCUAGUGACAGCACAGGAGAUGAGAUGAUCAACAUCCCCAAAAAAGACAAGCUGAAGAAGGAACAAUGGGAAGAUGAUGCACAAGUCACUGAAAGUUCACAGAUACAACAGCAACAUGAUGUCGUGGAAAAACAGUUUGACCAUGUUAAAGCUUUACUGCAGGCAAAUCAAUUAUUGACAGAAGGGCUUCGAACAAAAUUGCUUCAGAUAUGGUGCAAUGUACGUAAAAAUCAAGCAGGAGAAUCUCUGGAUGAUGAGAUGAGUGACGAUGGCACAGAGAGCCUUGACGUAUUUUCCGGGGAGGAAUCAUCUGUGGCCAGUGGACGUGUUGGGGAUUUAUUGAACAAGCAACAAAACAGUGUGAUAAAGUUACCCAGGGACAAUGGACAGACUGAAGGAGCGAAUGGCCACACUGAAAUAAGCCACUUAGAGCACAAUGUGAAUUGCUUCACUGACCAUAUUCCAAUCACACAACUGCAGGUUGGGACUAGGUGCUUAGAAGGAGAAGUGGCAGCUCUAGAAAAGGACUUUGAGCAACACUGUAUGGUUCCUAAAGAGCAGAUUGCAAGUCCUAAGUAUGCUAGUUCCAAAACAGAAACUGUGGACCGAACAUCACAUAAAGAACAGCUGGUUACUCACUUGGAAAGUACCACGAACAAAAUGCAAGAAUAUAACCAGAAGAUCAUGCCUGCAAAAGGCACAAUCGAAGAUACUGCAGAGACGGUGAAGGGUAGGUUGCAAAAAGUUCAGUGGCAGCUGUCAGAAAUCGAGGAGGCCAACAGGAAUCUUCACUUUCAAAUCAUAAAACUGAAUACCGAUUACAGUCAAAUCCAGGAAUUUCACCAAUCUAUGACUGGUGACAACAAAACCUCAGCAAACCAGCGUGUUGAUUUGCAAGCAAAUUACAACAAUACAGCAGAAGAGAACGAGCAAAUGCUGCAAGUAAUAACCAAACUGGAGACGAGAAUAGAAGCAACACUUUUAAACUUAUCUGAGAUCAAAAUGGAAAAAAAUUGCUUGGAACGGCAAUUCAAGUCCUUAAAAUAUCAGAUUUUUGUCUGUUAA